CCCCACCCACCCCGGCACCCAAACCCCCAAAGCUUGGCUUCGUGCAUCGUUUCAAGGAAGCUCCCCCAGCCACGCCCGCCCGGCGACGUUGCUGGCGCAUCAUCCCUCGCUGUCUUCCUCUCAACACCAACCCUUCCACGCCGCCCGCCCAACUCACGCCCGCUGUUAAUCGCCAUUGCGCCCCUCUGUCUCUGCUCUCUCCCCAGAGACUGA